AUGGGCAGGUUGGAUCUAACCUAUAACAGACUGGUUCAUGUGAAGCGGAGCUGGUUCGCUGUUCUGACGUCGUUCCUUGUUUCGCUGGCUUUGUCCAGUAACCAGAUAACGCGGAUGGAGCCCCGGUGUUUCACUGGUCUAUGGAACCUCCACUAUCUGUACCUGAACGACAACCUGCUACGGAACGUGGACCCGGACUGGUUUACCGGGCUGAACAAGCUGAAUGAGCUCAACUUGGAGUUGAACUGCAUCGAGGUUAUUGACGCGGGGACUUUUGAACACCUGACCCAGCUGUACAGACUGACUCUAGCUGGAAACAGUUUGUCACAUUUGGACGGAGGCACGUUCUGGGGGCUAAACUCUCUCAUUGUUCUGGGCAAAAUCGGGGCAAGGUCUGCACACGAUCUGGAGUGGAGUCUUGCUCUUGGAAAUUCUGAUGAUUUCUAUAAGGGACAGGACGUGUCUGUGAAAAUUGACCAAUGCAGACAGGCGUGGGGUGCCGCCGGCCUGACCGUGGCCUUAUACGGUUGGUUGAACCUUCGACUGGUGUCCUUUUGGGAGGAAAACGAAGAGAAGGAGACUCUCGCCAUUGUAUUCGAUCAGACGAUCGACUGUGUUGCCAGGACAACAGGCUGCGUUACCAGGACAACAGACUACGUUGUCAGGACAACAAACAACGUUCUCAGGACGACGGACCACGUCGUCAUGGCAACAGACCCCGUUCUUAGGACAGCAGACGACGAUAGGACAACAGACCGCAUUGACAUUGACGACAUUUUCACCGGCCAGUACUAUCCUGAAUAG